UUUGGUCGGAAGUAGGUCACCGAGACUCCGCGCGCGCUGCUGUUCCUGAUGUGGCUGCAGCUGCGCGCGCGCACUGCCGUUAAACCGGUGUGGCUGAGAGAAGCGAGCGCGAGCUGCGGAAACGGGGGAAAGAAGGAGGAGAAGCAGGAGGCAGGCGCGAGAACGGAGGAAGGAGAGAGAGAGAGAGAGAGAGAGAGAGAGAGAGAGAGAGAGAGAGAGAGAGAGAGAGAGAGAGACGGCUCGCGGACGUGGCGGCUCCGGGGCUGAGCGACGAGCCCGCGCGCUACAGAGAGAGAGAGAGAGAGAGAGAGAGAAGCAAUGCACCGGGGAAACUGCAGGGUCCAGAAUCUGGGAAGAGAUCAGCAGCACAGCAUUAAGUAGGCUGCUAAGGGACGAAUCUGGCUGAUGAUGGCUGAGCUGGAGACGGAGUGUAUCACAAUGGGCCUGAGCACUCUGGCGUCAGAGUGUAUAUCUCCUGCUCUGGAGCCGCUGCCUGCCGAGUGUGUGACUCCGACACUGGCCAUGCUGAACACACUUAGCUCAGAGAUCGCAGAGCCAACUGCCAUGCUGCCAUGUGUAAAGAGCGACCCUGACCUGGAGCUGGUUCCCAUCCGCACCGUGGACGUGUCCCAGAUCCAGCCAUUGAACACUGCGGAACUGGGUACGGAACAAGUCAGGAUGGAGAUCAGUGGCCUGGAGUACAUCAAGUCGGACCUACACUCGUUCCACGGUGCAGAGUUGGACUCGUAUAAGCCAAGUUAUGAUGCCUUUGACUACGUGUCGCAUGACAACCUGGACUACAUCAAGUCGGAUCAAAGUUCCGACCUGCAGUGUUACUAUGCAAUGGAACUUGAAGCUAGCAGGUACGAAUAUGACUCAACGCUCGCAUCAGAGAAGUCUGAGACAUCGGAUACAGCAGAGUCAAACAUUCUCGAGUCCAUCCGUAUGGCGGAGCUCCGCACUGAGCUCAAUAAGCUUCGCCCUGAAGCUGUUAUAGAAUUUUCUUCCUCUCACAUGUAUGACAUGCAGUCUGCCAAUACAAAUACAAACACCACAAACCCAGACACUGCGAAAGCAAAAACACAACCACGCAAACCUCGCAACCCGACAGGUGAGAAGCCAUUCUCCUGCACACAAUGCGGAAAGAACUUCAGCACUCUGGGAAACCUGAAGACGCACCAGCGGAUCCACACAGGUGAGCGGCCAUACUCCUGCUCGCAAUGUGGCAAGAGCUUCGGCCAAGCAGGCAACCUGAAGAGGCACCAACUGAUCCACACUGGCCAGAAGCCCUACAACUGCAGCUUCUGCCCCAAAGGUUUCACCAAGGCAGACGACCUGCGCUCGCACCAGCGUAUCCACACAGGUGAGAAGCCGUUCACUUGUGACGAUUGUGGGAAGGCCUUUUUCCAUUCCAAGGAACUUAAGGCACACCGCCUUGUACACACAGGUGAGCGGCCUUUCUCCUGCCAGCACUGUGGCAAGGCGUUCACGAAGGAGGUGAACUUCCGCAAUCACCAGCAGAGCCACACAAGUGAAAAGCUGUACCAGUGUUCCCAGUGUGGAAAGAGCUUUGGGAACUCGGGCGUGCUCAAGACUCACGAGAAGAUCCACACCGGGGAGAAGCCGUUUAAGUGCACACAGUGCGGCAAGAGCUUUGGCCGCCUCGGACACUUAAAGGCACACCAGCAGAUCCACACGGGUGAGAAGCCAUACACCUGCUCACAGUGCGGCAAGAGCUUCAGCCAGUCUGGUCACCUCAAAGCACACGAACAGAUCCACAAACGAGAGACAGCGCAAUAAUGGAGAACGAGUGCAGCUAAAACGUAACGGAGCACAGGAGAGAAAGCAAAACAUUAAUGUUCGUAAUAAUGAUAACGGAACUAAACGCAUAUAUAAUAUUAUUAAAUGUACUUAUUUAUGGAUGCCUAAAGGCUUUGAAUAGUUUCUUCACACGUGUAUCUGUCAGUCAGCCUCAGAGGGUGGAUCGGUGGUGAUCAGUAGAGAGGGUAUCGACUCCCUGCUUACUCAGUCUGGUCUUUAUUCUGCAGUCUCCCAGUGGACAGGACUGGUGGAAGUCACCACAGUGUUGUAUCCUCAUCCAGCAAGGAGAAGAAGGAAACCCCUGUUUAUUAAAACUUACUGCUCCAGUUGGUUCAUGCGGUUCUUGAAUUCUUGAAUGGGUUCUUGGUCUUGUGAACCAUCUAAAUGCUCUUCCUGUAGCUUGCUACUCGUUCCCAGAAUCCAGGCACUUGCAGACAUGGCCGGGUCCACUGAAGGAUCUGCUACCUCUUAGAUACCUCAUGUUUAAACACAUGUUGAGCAGAACCGAAUAAAUGGCCAAACACAACAUGUUAUACAUGUUGUGUGAGAACUACAGGUUAACCAUCACACUGUACUCCAUCAGAGACAUAAAUUGUGUGGUUAUGGUACAUCCUCACGCACAUCCUUCAUCAGUAUUAAUGCCUUGUUACUUAGGUUCCUGUGGAACCACGGGCACUUUGGAGCUCUGACAUUGGGCUAGUGAAUAGUUUAUGGUUUGUUCACUUUAUCAAAUACAUUUCAUGUCAGUUAAAGUCUAGCAUGGCGUCCGGUUAGGUACUUUGUAGAGUGGAUAUGGUUCUGUUCUGAUAAAAGUUUUGUUUAUGGCGUAAACGUGACAGAAUUUAAUUAGAUAACAGGAAAUGUCUUCUAUUGACUUAACAAGCUGUUAAAAUGACCACAGUGUACUUGUCUAGGACCAAAAUAUGUAGUGACAGCACAUAAUACAUGUCAUCAAGGUUUUAGAACCAAAAGAGCCCAGUCAUGAAGCAGCCUUCUUAAUCGUAGGUCAGGUGGGAUUAUGCAGUGACAUUAGCUGAUGUUAGUAUAGCUAUAUUAGCAAAUCUUAUUAGGCAUCAGUAAUGUGAAUGCACCGAUGUUGGUAUGAACAGGGGCUCUGGGGUGCAGAACAUCAGGGUCAGAGAGAACACUCAUGUCACCAGACCUGGUAUUAAUCACAGAUCCCACGCCAUGAGAAAGAUUGACAGAUGACAUGAAGACUUACAGAUGAACAUUAAUGUGUUGAUUUUGUCUUCUAUGCUCUGUUACACACACCUCUCAAAGUAUUAUUCUUUUUUAAAACAAAAAAGUCCACAUUAUAUAUAAUUAUAUACGUUUUCAUACCUGUUUGUGACUGAUUUGCUCUUAUGCAAGUGUCUUUCUUUAUUAUGUGGGGGGGGGGUGUUGGGGGGGAUCUGGUAGAAAUGUUUUGUAUACGUUUUAUCUGUUUCUAUUUGAUUUAGUGACGAUUUCUUUUCAUACUCACCGUGUACACGUUUAUCAAGAGACCAUGUAAUUCUUUACAUCAUGUACUGGAACGAGUUAUUAAAGAAACUAAUGAAAA